UGGGAAAACUUUGGAAUUAUUAUUGUGGUGAAUGUGGCAGUGCAUAUAAAAAGCUUAACAGCCACAUAUUCGUUUCUAAAAUGAACUUUUGUCUUUUGAAAUAGACUGUUGCCAAUAAACCCCGGCUGCUGUUCUGACAUACGGCAAGCAAAACUGCAAGAGCACUGAGGUUGCAAAACCAGCUACCAAGAUGGCGGACAGAUACUUUGAAAACUCCGCUACCAAGAUGGCGUCUAUUUGCUUCCUAUGAUUCCACGCUAAGAUGAUUUCCUAUGACGCUACUAGGGCUGAUACUUCUAGCACCGGAAUGCGGGGGCGGUUUCCAAGUUUGGUACUUGCUCAGACUGACGUCGGUGUCUGCUGUUGUACAGAAGAAGUGCUAAAGCAGGUUCAGCAAAAUAAAGAUGGAGGCAACAAUGGAUCAAACACAGCCUUUAAAUGAGAAGCAGGUUCCCAAUUCUGAAGGAUGCUAUGUAUGGCAAGUAUCCGAUAUGAACCGGUUAAGACGAUUCCUGUGUUUCGGCUCAGAGGGUGGGACUUAUUACAUUGAGGAAAAGAAACUUGGCCAGGAGAAUGCAGAAGCUCUUCUAAGACUUAUAGAAGAUGGCAAAGGUUGUGAAGUGGUCCAAGAGAUCAAAACAUUCAGCCAAGAAGGAAGAGCAGCUAAGCAGGAGCCUACACUCUUUGCCCUAGCAGUCUGCUCCCAGUGCUCUGACAUAAAGACCAAGCAGGCAGCUUUCAGGGCUGUGCCUGAAGUGUGUCGUAUCCCCACCCAUCUCUUUACCUUCAUCCAAUUCAAGAAGGACUUGAAAGAAGGAAUGAAAUGUGGCAUGUGGGGGCGAGCUCUGCGGAAAGCUGUCUCUGACUGGUAUAACACUAAAGAUGCCCUUAACUUGGCAAUGGCUGUCACAAAGUACAAGCAAAGGAAUGGCUGGUCCCACAAGGAUCUUCUAAGACUGUCUCACAUAAAACCUGCCAAUGAAGGCUUGACUAUGGUAGCUAAGUAUGUCUCCAAAGGCUGGAAGGAAGUGCAGGAGGCAUACAAAGAAAAGGAACUCUCACCUGAGACAGAGAAGGUGCUUAAGUAUCUGGAAGCAACUGAGAGAGUAAAGCGUACCAAGGACGAGCUUGAGAUCAUUCACUUGAUUGAUGAGUACCGAUUGGUAAGAGAGCACCUCCUCACCAUUCACCUUAAGUCAAAAGAGAUCUGGAAGUCACUGCUGCAGGAUAUGCCACUUACUGCAUUGUUGCGGAAUCUAGGGAAGAUGACUGCAGACAGUGUGUUGGCACCAGCAAGUUCUGAAGUUUCCAGUGUAUGUGAGCGUCUGACCAAUGAGAAACUGCUGAAGAAGGCUCGAAUUCACCCGUUCCACAUCCUAGUUGCUUUGGAAACUUACAAAAAGGGACAUGGAAAUAGAGGAAAACUGCGGUGGAUUCCUGACACUUCUAUAGUCGAAGCACUUGACAAUGCCUUCUACAAAUCUUUUAAGCUGGUGGAACCAACAGGAAAACGUUUUCUUCUUGCUAUUGAUGUCAGUGCGUCUAUGAAUCAGCGUGUUUUGGGCAGCAUCCUUAAUGCAAGUGUUGUGGCUGCAGCAAUGUGCAUGCUCGUCGCUCGCACAGAGAAGGACUCCCACAUGGUUGCUUUUUCAGAUGAAAUGCUUCCAUGUCCAAUAACUGUCAACAUGCUACUACACGAAGUAGUUGAGAAAAUGAGUGAUAUCACUAUGGGCUCUACGGAUUGUGCCCUUCCAAUGCUCUGGGCCCAGAAAACAAAUACAGCGGCUGAUAUCUUCAUAGUAUUCACUGACUGUGAGACCAAUGUUGAGGAUGUUCACCCAGCAACAGCCCUGAAACAAUACAGAGAGAAAAUGGGCAUACCAGCAAAGCUGAUUGUGUGUGCAAUGACUUCCAACGGCUUCUCAAUAGCAGAUCCUGAUGACAGAGGAAUGCUGGAUAUAUGCGGCUUUGACAGUGGAGCUCUGGAUGUAAUCCACAACUUCACCCUUGAUCUAAUAUAAUCCACCAAAGGAGAAUGGAGGAGAGGAAAGACACCUGCUUUGUACCCUCCUAAUACUAAUAACAAUUGUUAUUUUUGCAGUUGGCAACUUUUAGACUCUCACGCUAGAGAACUGCUAUUAGCUACAAUAGCUUUUGCCACAGCUAGCUUGUGUGGGCAUAUCUUCGCAAAACUACCAAUUGUAAGCCACAUACUAUUUUUAUUCCCCAUUUUAUUCUACCUGUCCUUGGUCCGUCACCUACAAGUGUGGCAACAUUACUUUUUGUGAACAUGAUGGCUUGGUAAUAAGUUAAAAAGGAGCACUGGCAGAUGUUGAUUUCACACAGGCUUUGGAUGUCCAUCUUAAUUGAUUGUGUAAUUUGUUCUCCGUUGAAGGAGUUUGCGAUGUUGGUACAAGUGAUACUGUAAUCUUAAUGGGGCAGAUACCUCCCCGCAUUUGCCGCAUUAUUACUUAGAAACAUGUGUAUACACAAACUUGUAUACCUGUAGAGAAGAGUGAGUAAUAUCUUUCAUGGGCUAAUCUAGUAGUUUACUAAAUGCAAGUUUUCAGGACUGCUUCCUAAGAGGAGAUCCAGUCUGUCCCAGAAGCUUGCAUUUUGUAGCCUAUUAAGUUAACUGAUAUCACUUACAUUUUCCUGUUUUGAUCAAUAGCUAACAGCACAACACUAAUAUCCUUAUAUAGAGAAUAACUAGCCUCAUUAAUUGAAGAAUCAGUGAUUAAGCACUGAAAAGACCCCUUGUAGCUGUUCUCCAGCCCCUAUUUGUUGCUCAUGAAGAGCUUUAUGACAGAGGCUAACAAAGUAGCAGUUGCCUCUGUUCUCUUUUCUGCACACUGGACAAUUAACUGUUAAAGGAGAAUUCAACCCGUAGUUUAAAAAACCCCUACCCUGGGUAGACCCUCCUCCCCCCCAGCCUACCUGCCCCCCCGGGCAAAAGCCCCUCCCCCUACCCUGGGUAGACCCUCCUCCCCGCAACCUACCUGCCCCCCGGGCAAAAGCACCUAAUUUUUUACACACCCUCCAUGCAGAUUAUGGCCUCAGUGUUCACGACAGCCAUCUUCUUUUUCUCCGGUAAUCUUUGGUCUUUUUCGGAAGUUUGCACAGUGGUUCGGGACCGGAAAUUUACUCCGACUGCACCGAAAAUGCCGUCAAUGCAUGAAAAUUACUGGAGAAGAAGAAGAUGGCUGCCGUGAACUCAGAGGCCAGAAUCUGCACGGAGGUGAGUAAAAAAUUAGCGGCAUUUGAGGAGGAGGGAGGGGGUUCUACCCAGGGUAGGGUUGAAUUCUCCUUUAAUGUUUGAGUAGGUGGCAUAAUGUAUAUGGCACCUUUCAUUUACAGACUCACAGAAGGAUAUGCCAUAAUACACUGGGCAGGAGGAAACAUAACUAGAAGAACAGCUGCAGAGACUGAUUUUUAUACCAAUAUAGUUUAAGGGACAGUGCUAAGUUUCAAAUGAAGCCCCAGCCCUAAUCAGCUACAGUCUGAAGCAAGGACUAGCACAUUUGCUUUUAAUGACAACACGUCUGUGUUGAUGUGCACUUAUUUGCAUUUUAUUACCACUUUGCUUAAAAGAUCACAUCAACACAGGAUAUGUGGCCUAGUGUUUUAUAAAAAUAAUACUUUAUAUUAAAUAUACCUAUCCUGCGACCCUCCAGUCAGCAGCUCCUAACAUUUGGGUGUUGAGGAGUGACAGGAUUUAUAAUUAAUCCACAGUCAGACAUGCUUGGGGCUUGUAUAUCACUUAAAUAGCUUAUAAUGCCACUCCAUGUUAAAACAAUACACGUAAACAUCAUUGCUGUUUACAGACAUUUUGCUGCUUCCAAAUUUGUAAAGACAAACACUUUGGCAAGGUUGAAUUUUUGCAAAACUGCCCAUAUUUAAAAUCCGUAUGUUAAAAAAUAGAAAAUAAGUUGAGUGUAAAUUCAAAAUCGCUGCAUGUUUUAUGCUACAAGAUUCAAACUGGUAAAUCCUAAUUGAAAAACCUUUCCUGAUAGUCAGAACAGUUUUCACAUUUACACAUUAUCAACACUAAUAGAUGUGUCCAUUUUGCUGAAUGUGUUUGCCUGCUGCCCAGUACCAUUCUACCUUAUCCCGGCAGCAGCAAUUAACGCUAACACCCCACCCAAUCAUUAAUCCUCAAUGCAAAUAUCAAAAACAGAUUAAAGAAUUCGGACAUGUUUUUCCAUGUUUGAUCAAUAAGUUGAAAUGGUUGUUUGAAAUGCCUGAUUAUUUUUCUUAUCUACAAAGUAUUGCAUAUUGGUACAUCAGCCCCUACAAGUUAAAAAUAUAUCCACCUGACCCGAGUCAAACAUUUAGUUUGUGUUAAAUUUCACCUCUCAAAAAAAUGCACUUUAUUGGGGGAAUGUAAUAUGUUUCCUUAGCACAAAAAAAAUUUGCAAGGAUCAUUGUAAAUGUUGGCGACCAUGUUUGCGUCCUUUUUGACCCGAUUACAGACCACCACGACUUCCUUGCAAAGUUUGCGUCAAAAUGGCUUUUGCGAACAUUCGCAGUGUAUAUAAUAAAAGUUCGCAAUCACAAAGCGUAUUUUGUGGUAAAAAAUUUAACGAAAAUCCAGAGUAAGGGGCAUAUAUAUCAAGGGUCGAAUUUCAAAUUGAAAAAACUUUUUUGGUCGAAUAGGUCUGUUUUCGAUCAAAUAGGUUCGUAUUCAGCCAAAUUCGAAUCAUACGAAUCGAAGGAUUAGCACAUUCGAUCGAAUUCGAUUCCCCAAAAAAACUUAGAUUUUUUUCAAAGUCCACCAAUUGACUCCAAAUAGGUUCUAGGAGGUCCCCCAUUUUACUGGGUUGAUUUUACUUUUUUGAGCAGUGCUAAACAUUCACAAAAAUGCAUAAAAAUCUUGCUUUCAAUUCUUAAUAACAUUCCCUCUUAUGUAUCUUACUCCAUCUUAACUAUCCAUUUCAGUUUUUGUUUGGGCCACAUUGUCUUUAUCCUCUGAGAUCUUUAAGCUUAUGGGUUGACUUUCCAUGGUAAAGUGAAAUCAGCCUGACAGCCUCCUGAUCCAGAAAGAACAUUUAACACUCCGUAUUACUGCAGCCAAUCAGCUGGUAGCAUUUACUUGAAUAUCACUUAAGGUGACCAUUGGUAGCAGGAAAGAUUGUUUGUUUCAACACACACGUUAGAGCUGAAUCGUCCGAUAUACAGGUAGAAACAAUAGAAUUCUACUUGUAUGUGACGUAACAGUGGCCAAUAUUCAAUAUUCCUGCUUGCCCGAUGAACGAGCCCACCGAUAUCCUAGUCUUCUGCCGAUAUCUGUCGGCUCGUCUCCCGCCAUAUACUAUUACUAUAUACUAUAUUAUUUGUGUCUAUGGCCA